CGACAAUUUCAGCAAGAUGUGCUGCUGAAAACAAUGUCAAUGCGGAUUCGGAGCCACAGCAUAAUCGGACUUUCAGUAAUCACAAUGGUAAUCCUGGCGAGCGUUGGUCCAGCAACUGGACGAAUUGGAAAGCAUGCGGCUUACAGGUCCUCCGAUUCCAAUGACGACUGGGUGAGGCGCCACUUCAGCAGCGAGAGAAGGGAUGAGUUCGAUUGGCGGGACCUGAAACCCAAGGUCACGCGAUAUAUCAGCGAUCCGGAAACUCUUUUCCAGCGACUGGACCACUUGGAGGAAAUGGGGAUCGAGAAGGAAAAGCCUAAGAGAGUUUCGAAUCCUGAAAACCAACUGCAACUGAAAACUGAUUCCCAGUUGCUCAGAGAUAGCAUCUCCCAGUUGCCCAGCGAAAUUAGUUCGUAUGGCCAGGAGAUGCGUAACGAGGACCCCUUUGAUGCUCUGGCUCGAGAGCGUUUCAAGGAGCAGCCCUUCGAGCACCUAAAGGAAGCCAAUCGGGAGGUGAAGCGGAUGAUGAGCAUUCACAGGUUGAGGGAUCCCGGUGGAAGGCCAGCUGUUGCCACGGCCAAUCUGCUGGCCAAGGUGGUUAGCUCGAAGGCCGAUAAGUCCAAGGUGUCCCUUAAGUCCCAGUCGUGUACGGCCACCACUAACCGUCCGUCGACCACCAAAGCUCGCACCACCACCACUCGCCGGACGACCAAGAGCACCACCACGGCGCGUCCUCCCACCACCUUCUGCCUGCCGGAUCCCGAUCGAUUAGAAGAUCACCCUUCCACUCCUGCUCCACCCCCAUAUCAACCUCCUGUCCCGCCCACUCCGAAAACGGGGAAGAUAAAAAUGAAACCCUGCAAUACUCCUAAGAAAUCGAAAAACCCAAAAACUAAAGCUGUCAAACAGCUGUUGGACAUUAUUUCGGACUCCAAGCAGCAUGCUCUUUCUGUACUGAAGAAUCUUAACUACCUGGAGAUGGAGUUGCUCAGUAAGUCUUCGGACGAGUGUCCUCUGCAGGACUCUGAAGAGGAUGUGGAGUUCCGGGUCAAAGAACAACCAGCUGCGAAAAAGACGCCUCAGCGAUUGGAGAAACCGCUGAAGACAAACCCAAGGGUCUUCUUUGGAAUACGACCUGCGAGCAAGAAGGAGAGUCUCUACGACUUGGCAUUGGCCAAGGAGGAGGAGCUGAAACUGGCGGAUCGCGUGUUGGAGGAGCACCAGCAGCUGAUGAAGGUCAAACGGCCAGUGAAGCCGAAGAGGUACGAGGCUGCUCCUCCGCAAGCAGCUCGAAUGGAACCUUUUCAGGAGCCUCCAAAGCCCCGGGACUCCUUCGAACCCUUGCAAGCAUAUACCAUCCAGCCAGAGAAUCCCGCCGAAGACACAGGCAUCAAUCUUCAAGCAGUGAGUGUGGUUGUGAGGCCCCCUUCUCAACUUCCCAGAAAAAAUUUGGCAAAACCUGCAUCGCCUUGGAUUUCACCGUAUUCGGAAUUAAAAGCUUUUAAAAAGGACGAACUGAAGUCUAGCAAAAGAAUCCACAAAAGAAGAAGGAAAAAACACAAGUCUUACUCCCAGGAAAAUAUUCCAGAUGUUGCUGGUGUCUUCAAAGUUUGUCAGCGUUUUAUUUAAGUAAUAUACUGAAGCAAAAAUAUAUUUUGGAAAAAAACACAUUCA